CGCAGACCUGAGAGCUGCAGGGAUCAAUCAAUUUCAUGUUUUCCCAGUCAGAUCUGUGAGAUUCCAUCCCCGAUUUCUUAUACAGAUCUUUUCUGACAUAGAAGUGUGGGCAACUUUUCAAGAGUUAGAGUGGUUGGACGAUGGAACUCAGAAAGAGCUCUAACUCGCACUUUAUCCAAACUAUAAAAAAGGGGUUGGUUGUAAAGACGUGCAAUGUUAAUUCCCGUAGAAAACCAGCUCUUAUUUUCAGAAAUAUGGAGGAGAUUCAAGCAGCUAAAGACCAUUCCACUCUCAGUUCCCCAGAAAAGUUUGUCGAGAGUGAUGACCAAUCUUCUUUGCCGCCGGUUGCUGACAGAACAUUAAGAGAGACUGACAGUGUAAAUAAUAAUGAAAUUAUUUCCUAUAGUACUGAUGGUGAAAGUGAUUCAGAUGACUGCAUUCUUGUGGAUAUGACACUGAAGCAAAUAAAGGAGAGGUGCAGAUCCAAAAAAAGAAAACUUCUUAGUCUGUUUUAUACUGAUCCUGCUCGGGAAGUAUUUAAUUGUGAGGAAGUGGAAGAUGAAGAUCUCAAUAUACCUCUCAGUGCUUUCAAAAUAAAGCUAUCAAAUAAGUCAUCCAAAGCUAAAAGGGGACGCCCGGAUUGGAAAACAUCUCCGUGUUCUGAAACCUCUAUUUCAGUUAAGUCAGAACAUAUCCUGGAUUCUGAUUUCAACAUGGAACUCAACGAGGAAUCAGCUUCUACACUUGCAAAUGUCAAAGAAGAAGUUGUUGAAGAAGAGUUUUCUAUUGUCCAAAACACAAAUUCAGCUCCAAGUUUUCCCAUAGAAACACCCAUAUUAUUAGAUGAGGCGCAUGAUCUUCAGUUUUCUGUGAACCAGCAUGUAGAUUCUUUUAAUGAUUGCCCUUCCAUUAAAUGUGAUGAGGAAUGGAGGAUAUCCAGUGAAGUUUUAGAAAACAUAGAAGUUCAGGAAAGCAUGCCUAUUGUGUUUGGAGAGGAGCAACAAUGUUGUACUCUAAAUGAUGUGUCCACAAAAGAUAACUUGCGAUCUGUUGAGGUAGAUAAUUCUACAGAUGAUCACCAAGCAGAUGAUAUUCACAUGCCUGAAGAUGAAGUUCAGGAAGAAAUUUGUUCAAGUCAAGAAACUGGGUUUGCAUCUGGGGAUUUCAAGAUUAACUCAAGCUACGAUGAUGAUUUAACAUCUGCAGCAGACGGUACUGCAUCUUCUUUGACACUAAUUCCAGAAUGUUCCUUCGUUGAAACUGGAAAUACCUGUUUGAAUCCCCUUUCAGUACAAGGUGAGUCAUUAACACCGGAAGAAAAUAGCUCUCUGGAUAUGAUUAAAGAAAUAAAAGGUCCAACUAUUGAAACACGACCUUUACACCAAAACUCUUCUCUGCCGCAACAGCCUCCCCAGAGGUUCCCCUCUUUCCGUACGGCUAUUUCCCCAUCUUCCCAAGAAAGACUUUGUUUGGAAAUGAAAUCUGUGAAUUUGUUUGAUGAACUAGAGAAUGACAUAAAACCUCUAAUUGGGCAAGAAGACAAUUCUGGAUGCACCACAUAUGAGAAUUCCAAAUUAUCUUCUCAAGGUUGCCAACAGAAAGUUAUUAUAAGGCGCGAACAGAUCACAAGAAAGUUGAAGAGGAACUGCCGAAAGGGUUUCCCACACAAAGCCAAUUCGGAUGGCCCACUUUUUUCUCGAUCUCUACCUCAACUUAGCACUGGUUCCACCUCCAUUGACAGCUGUUCCAAUAGUGCCGUAGCAUUUUCACAACGACAGAUGCAUGAUUUUGAGUUUCUUGCCAUGAAGCUCUUGGAUGAGUUAAAGUCGAUGCAAGGCGUGGUUGAAGAAAACUUGUUGUUUAAAGCUUAUCGCAGUAGUUGUUGUAAAAACGACGUGGAUAAGGUGAAGAAUAGAAUAAAUAACACUAAAAAAGUUGAGGAGACAGCAAGAAAGUGGAUGUCCAUGAUGGCAAGGGACUGCACCCGCUUCUGUAAACUCAUGGGGAUGCAGAAAUCGAGUCAAGAUCAUUCCACUUCUGCUGAGAGCACAGCCCAAAGGGAUAGGAAAAUUACUUUCGCUGAUGAAGCCGGCGGUAUGCUUUGUACUGUGAACUACUUUGCUUAUGACGACAUUCCAAGCUCUCCGCAACGUUUGCCUUGUGAAGAUGAAAAACAAGUUUUUGGGCAAUGCAAAGAGCUGGAGAAGCUUGAUUCUGACCUUUGAAAGUUUUUCGAUCACUUCUAUCUGAUCUGUGGGCAAUGCAAAAAGAGCUGGAGAAGUUGUGCAGAUAGUUUGCAUUCGGCUUGGUUAACAU